AUGCUGGCUCAUCAAGCGCUCGGCAGGCUGGCCAGACGAGCAAGCCUGCAAGUAGCAGCCGGCGCUCCUCACAGAGCUGCACAAGUGAAUCCGACGGCACCCUUUGCGUUGUCGCUCGAUCUGAGCCAUAGAUUGUCAAGGAGGCCGUCUUCACGAUCAAAGCGGUCUUACGCAGUGGAAGCAAAGCAACAUAGCAGGAUAGAAUGUCCCGUCUGUCAUGCUACUCGGCCGAUCAAAGCAGGCGAGAUCGUCGCGCUCUGUCCGGACUGCAAAGCCGUUCAACCCCUACAACUCUCCCAAUCCACGAGCCACUUUGAUAUCUUUGAGCUGCCCCGUCACUUCUCAAUAGAUCAGACGGCACUCAAGAGAGCCUUCCUGAAGUGGCAGCAGCUCGUCCAUCCUGAUCGCGCAGGAUCAAAUGACAAGCAAAAGUCGUGGGCGUUCCAGUGGAGUACGUUGAUCAACGAAGCCUACCAGACGCUCCUGUCUGAUCGCCGGAGAGCUGAGUACAUGCUUUCGCUCGAGGGUGUCACUGUCGAGGAAGCGGACAAGAUCACAGAUCCGGAUCUGCUCAUGUCAAUUCUCGAAUCGCGAGAGACACUGGAAGAAGCAGAGACGGAGGAGGAUGUCCACGUUCUACGGGAGGAUAACAAAGGGAAAAUACGCACUACUGUACAAGAGUUGGAAGCAGUCUUAGAUGCACACGAUAAGGAUCUGCAGCUGGCAAGAACGCUCACAAUCAAGCUGAGAUACUACGAGAACGUCGAUCAAGCCUGUAAAGACUGGGCACCAGGCAGGCCAAUAGAAAUCCAACAUUGA